AUGGAAGAUCAAAAUCCUUUACUUCGUAGACCAAGCUCAACCAAAUCAUUGCUUGACAUCAGUAAAGCACGAAAAAGAAAUGCCAGUAUCUCGAGUACCGCAUCAUCGAAUUCUCCACGUCUUAAACAUCCGCUCUCAUACAAGAAAAGACAGCUUGUUCAAAGCUGUUUUCGUAAUCCUCAUGAAACACUUGGGAAAAGAAUUUUGAAAAAAGCAUGCGAUAAAAAGAGGGAUUUGGAACAUUUCGUCUCCAAAAUGGUUAGCAAAGAUCGCGAAGAACUGGAAGAAAACAUUAAAGUUUUGCUGAAAAAAGUUGUCGCAAAUAUUGAAUUUAUUGAUGAGGUUCAAAGGUUAGGUGAAGAAUUUGGAGCAUAUCAUGUACGGUUUCGUAAAGAUGGUUUUAAGCCAGAUUUUUUUGUCACCUAUGCAGAUGCGGCAGUAACUGAAUGUACAUUUUUGGAUAACGCUGUUCAUCCUUCUCAUCAAACCCUUGACGCUUUUUCAUCCUUCAUUUCGUUGAUAUUUUCCUUUGUUCGAGAUGGUUAUUACAGCGAAAUGCGACGCUCUAGACGGGUAUCAAGCGCUGUAAGUAACGGAUCUACCUCAUCAAGAAAAAGUGGAAUACUUUCUACUGGAUCUAACGCAGAGCAGUCGACCAGAUCAGCAAGUCCUGGUGCAGAAUCAAGGUUGUCAGAUGAUUGCUUUUCCAAUUUUGGUUUUGCUGAAGGUGACGAUGGUUUGCUGAAACCCCCGACACAAAAUUCUUCAGUCUCUAAUGGAACAGCAUCACCAGUAAAAUAA